AGCUCCAGUACCAGAGCCAUCUCGAACCUUGAACAGUCGAGGUCAAGUUCCUGAGAGUGUCGCCCGGCUCGCGUUAUUUAUUCUGCUGUCUCAACUAUCCGAGACAAGUCGGAAACGACUCGCGCGCGCGCGCGCGCUCAUGCACGUUCCUCACGUGUUUUCCCAUCAGAGAAGAAAUUUUCGCGUGGAGAUUCACUCGUCACCUGGAGUCACGAGAAUCGAGAGGUGCCGGCUACCUUUAUGUAACGACUGCUUGCGCGCUGUUACGUUUAUAUACACUCAGAAGCCAAUUCACGAUUAUGCUACCGAAGAAAGCAGUACGCCUGCUACUGAUGGCUGUAACUAUCGUUACAGCGCAAAGCAACGAUACCUCCUCAUCGUUCCAAAGUAACAAAAAUCGCUUCCUAUGGCAGAACCGCCGUUCCGUUGAUAGCAGUGUGGCUUCUACCACACUGCGACACGAUCCGACAUUCGAUCCAGACGUACUUAAUCGCUUUCUCGAGGAGUAUGCAAUUAAAAUGAGACGCACUACCCAGCGACCAAAUGUAAUGCCCAACAAGUUCAAGUUCGAUCACCAGGGUCAAAUUAUCGAAUCGCUUCCAGCGGACGUGAGAGUUAGAAAUAACACGGAAACUAAUAACUCUACGGAUGUAUUGUCUGUGCUGAAUGAUACAAUAAAAAAACACAAAUUAUACAAUGCUGAUUCACACGGUGAUAACAGAAAUAGCGGAUGGGUUACUCUUGAUGCCAUACCUUGGUCCAAAAGUAAAAUCUCAAAGUGGCAGGCAAAUCCCACGACUCAAGGACCUUGGCCUGACACUCAGCCAUGGGACAAGCCAAACUUCAACAAACCCUGGAACUCAGAAUUUCCCUCAAAGCCACCUACUUAUGAAAGCAACAAACCAUGGCAAAAUAAACUAACAAAGCCCCACUGGUCCGAUAACUCACCAACAGCAUCGAAUAAGCCCUGGUACUCUCAGGAACGGCCGCGUCCUGUUCAGCAACAGCACGAUCGACCUUCAUACCCAGCAAUAGACAAAUACGAAGACAAUCCAAAUCAGGCUGAAAAAUGGCCUCCUGAGCGUCCCACUUGGGAUCAAUAUACCAAACUCCCUUAUCCAUCUUCUGAUAUUAUUACUGAUAAUGGACCAUCGAAUUUCCCCAGUUCAAAUUGGGAAAAACCAGGGGAAAGACCUGGCUACAUUCAUCAUACCGAGAGCAACGUAAAUGAACAUGGCGGCUGGAAUGAUCGUAAUGACUUCUCGAAUAACAAUAAGUUCGGUAGGCCAAGUAACGAAGAUGGUUACUAUGAUAGGCCGCACUUUUCACACUACCAAUAUCCAAGUACUAAUGAUCAUCCAUCGAAUCAUCCGUCAAGUGGCGAUGGACAGUGGGUACUGCUUUCAACAAAUCGCGGUUAUUCCAAAACCCGACAACGAUCUAUCAAACUAGAUGGCAUUGUGGAUCCAAGUACUAACUUUAAGAAUUUAGCGAUCAAUAAGCAGACAGAAAAUAAUCCAAAUGAUGAGAAACCUGUUUCAGUUUUAACCUCAAAAAGGCAGGUCAGACUAACAGUACUACCAUCCAUAAACGGCACCAAUACGACAACAUCACACGGCGGCCUCCUAGAAGUCGAGCGCACCUUUAAAACGGUCGAUCAAAGCCAGAAGGAAUACGAAAUAGAAAAAAAAAGCAAAUCUAACGCCAUAAAAGCGGGCAUUAUGAUAAACAAACGUCCGAUUCGCAACACAGUUGGUAGUGUACCAUCGAGCUCUGCCGUUUUGGCGGCUGUCGGCGCGGGUAUGGUACCGGCGACGAUGGCGAUGAUGAUACCUAUAAUGCUCGGAAAAAGAAAGAAGCGAUCGAUCUUAUCGGAGGAGCAAAUGCCAGAUGUUGUUUACCUUAGAGUGCCCAAAGAUAUAUUCCCUGGAGUAGAUCGGAAAAGGAAAUUUUUAAUUCAAUAGUCGUUUAAAAUUUAUUCAGAGAUUACAGGCAUCCAAAAAUUUUAAUA